AUGACUGCUCAAGUGUUACUCAAAGACGUUGCUGAAACGCCAAGGAUCCCCAUCAAAGAUUGCAUUAGAAAUGUUCAAACCGUAUAUGGUAAAACUAUAAGCAAGAGAAACGGAUUUCUCGGGCAGUGGCAGCUUAUAGAGGGUAAAAUUUUCAACUUCGUAUUUUGGACAUUCAAAUCAUGUAUUGAUGGGUUUGCUCAUUGCCGGCCAGUGAUAUCCAUAGAUGGCACACAUGUAUAUGGUGCAUACGACAUCAAGCUCCUAAUUGCAGUAGGAAUAGAUGCCAAUGAGUCAAUAUUCCCUCUUGCUUUCGCAAUUGCCGCUAACGAGAGCACCGACACAUGGGGGAUCUUUUUGACCCAUUCGAAGACUCAUGUUAUUAAGGAUCAUACGGGCGUAUGCGUGCUGUCUGAUCAUCAUAAAGGCAUAUUGCACAAUAUGGAUAAUUUGCCAGGGUGGCAGCCUCCGCUUGUUUACCAUCGCUAUUGCUUAAGGCACUUGAAGGCAAAUUUGCAAUCAAAGUUUCAUAAUGGCACUCUAAAUAAAUUGAUGUGGGGGGCUGUGAUGGAGCAUCAACAAAGAAAAUGGGCUACAAAAAUGGAUCUGAUCAGGGCAGUUAGUGAACCCGCAUACAUUUUGGUUGAUGAAGCUCGAAAUUGA